GGACCUGAGGUCCGGAAGCGGACGGAAUACGGGGCGCAGCCGCCCGCGGGCCAUGGAUGAAGCGGACCGGCGGCUCCUCCGGCGGUGCCGGCUGCGCCUGGUGGGCGAGCUGCAGGUGGCCUCGCUCUGGGACGCUCUGCUGAGUCGCGAGCUCUUCACCCCCGACAUGAUCGAGGACAUCCAGCGCGCAGGCUCUGGGUCCCGGCGGGACCAGGCCAGGCAGCUGGUCACAGACCUGGAGACCCGAGGGAAGCAGGCCCUUCCCCUGUUCAUCUCCUGCUUAGAAGACACGGGCCAGGACACGCUGGCCUCGUUCCUGCGAACCAGUCGGCAGGCAGUGACGCGGGACCCUGAGGCCAUCAGCCCCCUGGACCUGGUGCCCGUGGCCCUGGGACCCACUGGCGGCAAAGCAGAGGAACCGAGUGUGACAAAGCAGCCGGCCCCAGGAAAGCUCACGCCGGUGGUGCUGGGGCCCGAGGGGCUCCCGCCGGCCCAGCUCAGUCCAGAGGUUCUUAGACCAGAACCACCCAGGCCAGUGGAUGGCGGUUCUGGAGGAUUCCGUGAUGUCUGUGCUCAGGAGAGGUUGCGGGAAAACACAGAUUUGGCGUAUGCGCUGGACGCCGACCCCUGUGGCCACUGCCUCAUUAUCAACAACGUGACCUUCUGUCCCACCUCGGGGCUCGGCCCGCGCCACGGCUCCCACGUGGACUGCCAGAGGCUGCAGCACCGCUUCCGCCGGCUGCACUUCGCCGUGGAGGUCAAGUGCGACCUGCCAGCCAAGCAAAUGGUCCAGGCGUUGAUGGAGCUGGCGCAGCGGGACCACCGCGCUCUGGACUGCUGUGUGGUGGUCAUCCUGUCUCACGGGUGUCAGGCGAGCCACCUGCAGUUCCCCGGCGCCGUCUACGGCACAGAUGGACACCCCGUGUCCGUGGAGAGGAUUGUGAACAUCUUCAACGGGACCCGCUGCCCCGGCCUGGGCGGGAAGCCCAAGCUCUUCUUCAUCCAGGCCUGCGGCGGGGAGCAGAAGGACCGUGGCUUUGAGGUGGCCCUCGGUUCCUGUGAAGACAGGGGAUCCAGCAGCAACCCCGAGUCGGACGCCGCCCCGUUCCAGGAGGCCGCCAGGACCCGGGACCAGCUGGAUGCCGUGUCCAGUUUGCCCACCCCCAGCGACAUCCUUGUGUCCUACUCCACCUUCCCGGGCUUCGUCUCCUGGCGGGACACCAGGCGCGGCUCCUGGUACAUCGAGACGCUGGAUGACGUCCUGGAGCAGUGGGCUCACUCGGAAGACCUGCAGUCCCUCCUGCUCAGGGUCGCGAAUGCCGUUUCGGAGAGAGGGGUUUACAAUAAACAGAUUCCUGGUUGUUUCAAUUUCCUCCGGAAAAAACUUUUCUUUAAAACUUGAGAAGGCUGGGACCCCUCAUCCUGCCCUGUUGUUCAUCCCCGAAACCUUCCUGUACUGGGAAGCCUGGACUCUGUGUUGGGGAGCUUGUGGCUUGUGGGGUUGCAGAUGUGUCCCGGGCUUUCCAGCUGGGGAUGGAGGUGCAGAAGGCCGCCCCAGACACUCCAGCACAGCGCCCUCUGGCGGGGGAACCGCCGGUCUGCAGAGAUCUCUGCCUGCUUCAAACCAGCAGCUGUGCUAGAUCCUGAACUGCUGAGAUUCCCAGUGAAGUUCCAGAGGCUAGUUUAGCCUUCCCUUUCUCAGAUUAUUUAUUUAAAAGAAUAAAUCGUAGGUGAUCCUG